CUCCAAACUUUGUUUAUGGGACAGUCCGGGAGCCGCGGCGGCCGCGCUGUCUGCUUCUCCUCCGCCUCCUUCUCGCGGGGCGCGAACGCCUGAGGCCAGUUCGGGGGAUGUGAGAGCCGAAGCUCCUCGGCUAACAGGCUCCGAGUCGGGAUUUGCCAGCCGGGCCCCAGCUACAUCCCUGCGAGCUCGGGACGCACCCGAGCGACUGAGGCCCGACGGCGAGUUCGGGCGGGACGGCGGCUGCCGCACGCCCAGACUCGGCUUCGCUGCGCGCCCAGAAGAUGAAUCCGGCCUCGGUGCCCCCUCCGCUCCCGCCACCCGGGCAGCAAGUGAUCCACGUCACGCAGGACCUAGACACGGACCUCGAAGCUCUCUUCAACUCGGUCAUGAACCCCAAGCCCAGCUCGUGGCGGAAGAAGAUCCUGCCCGAGUCGUUCUUCAAGGAGCCUGACUCUGGCUCGCAUUCGCGCCAAUCGAGCACCGACUCGUCCGGCGGCCACCCUGGGCCCCGGCUAGCCAGCGGCGCCCAGCACGUCCGCUCGCACUCGUCGCCCGCGUCCCUGCAGCUGGGCACCGGCGCGGGGGCUGCAGGCAGUCCAGCGCAGCAACAUGCGCACCUCCGCCAGCAGUCCUACGAUGUGACCGACGAGCUGCCGCUGCCCCCGGGCUGGGAGAUGACCUUCACGGCCACUGGCCAGAGGUACUUCCUCAAUCACAUAGAAAAAAUCACCACGUGGCAAGACCCUAGGAAGGCGAUGAAUCAGUCCCUGAAUCCGAUGAACCUCCACCCUGCUGCCACUCCCACCCCAGCACCCCAGAGGUCCAUGGCCGUGUCUCAGCCAAAUCUCGUGAUGAAUCACCAGCACCAACAGCAAAUGGCAUCCACUACCCUGAGCCAGCAGAACCACCCUACUCAGAAUCCGCCAGCAGGGCUCAUGAGCAUGCCCAAUGCAUUGACCACUCAACAGCAGCAGCAGCAGAAGCUUCGGCUUCAGAGGAUCCAGAUGGAGAGAGAGAGGAUUAGAAUGCGCCAAGAGGAGCUCAUGAGGCAGGAAGCCGCCCUCUGUAGACAGCUCCCCAUGGAAGCCGAGACUCUAGUCACUGUUCAGCCUGCUGUCAACCAGCCAGCCAUGACCCCAGACAUGAGAUCCAUCACUAAUAAUAGCUCAGAUCCUUUCCUCAAUGGGGGGCCCUAUCAUUCGAGGGAGCAGAGCACCGACAGUGGCCUUGGGUUAGGGUGCUACAGUGUCCCGACGACCCCAGAGGACUUCCUCAGCAACGUGGACGAGAUGGACACAGGAGAAAAUGCAGGACAGACACCCAUGAACAUCAAUCCUCAGCAGACCCGUUUCCCCGAUUUUCUUGAUUGUCUUCCGGGAACAAACGUUGACCUAGGAACUUUGGAAUCUGAAGAUCUGAUCCCCCUCUUCAAUGAUGUAGAGUCUGCUCUCAACAAAAGCGAGCCCUUUCUAACCUGGCUGUAAUCAGUACCAUUGUAACUUGGAUGCAGCCGUGACCCGACAUUUCCUGGGCCUCUUGGAAAAAGCAAUGGAGCAGAGUAAGUCUGCAGGUAUACCACUUUCUGCCUCCAUGACUCAAUGCUCCCUCCCUCCUUUCCAUGUGGCCAGUUUAAUCAUCGCCUGGAUUUGACAGUAACUCAAGUGAAACAUAAAUAAAUAAAUACUCUAUUUUCAUUUUCUGCAGGCCCGAAUUCCUGUGAAUCCGGGGCUGUGCAGAAUUGUUUCUGCAGAAUUGAUUACACAGAAUUGCUUCUCUGUUUUUCUAUCUGCUGCCCCAUGACUAAGCUUUAGGGGUGUUAGUUGAAAUUUAUAUGUCAAUUGAUUAUAAGCCACAGAAAGCUGACCACAGGCAGUGACUUGUGACAGGCGGCUCGGUCCAGGAAAUGUACAUGAAAUUAAAACCCGAUUUACAGUUUCAAAAACUGUACUGAUGACAGUAGUACCAAAUGCUUUAAAAAAUUAUUUAACUUGAGCUUUAAAAAUCAUUGUAUUGAUAGUAGAUCUCUGCUGUAUGGAAUACAAUGUAGUUUUGAAUCCAUGCUGGUCCUGAUGGUUCUUUUACUCUGUAUUUGCAAAGGCACACAUGGUCUUUUGUACUUUGUCCUUUAUCAUUACUCUACUGCGUAGCGUCUAGACAACUUGUCCUUCUAGCAGGAGAGGAGCAGGAACGUGAGACCAGUUUGGUACUAAUGAUGAGCAUUUAUUAAACAAAACUUUUUUUAAAUUACAGGUUGGAGUUUUUUUAAUUGCAGCUUAGAACUUGAUGUUUCUUUUAUACAGCACAAUCAUUUUGUAGCCGACGACAAAGGGCAGCCAAACGUUUUUGAUAAAUCGGUGGCAACUGUAUUUUUGUCUUUUGAAAAGCUGUUCUGAAGACAUCAGGACAACAUACAUAGCUUUCAAGCUGAUGGCACACACAGGAAACUGUUGCUUUUUAAAUUCUGAAGGCUUAUCAGUUUUGCUUUCAAGAUUUCAAGUGUUUAAAUAAUCUUAUCUAUGAAACUGUUUGAAGGAUGAAGCAGAUCUCUGACUGACGUGUAAAAAAAAAUGCCCUCUGAGGGUGUAUGGUGGAGACUUACGUUUCUGAAUUCAGUAAAAUUGAUUCCUAAGUAUGUUAUCCUAACCCUGUUUGCUACAGUUGGUAUAAAAAGGCAUGAAAUAUGUACUCAAUACCUCUUAUGUAACCAAAAACAUUUUUUAUUAGCUUUUAAGGACUGAGAGAGAGCAUCAGGUUCAGCCGGCACGUACCUCUGCCUGCAUUGCUGAUGAAGUCCUCGAUUGUUUAAUAUUUUGAACUGACAUUAUUUAUAAUCUAUGAAUUUAAUAUCUUUUUUGAAAGACAUUAAUAAUUCAGGUCUCUGAGAGGAACCUUCAAUUCCCACGGGGGCUUAUCUAUUGGGGAUCUUCCAUAAGAUCCUUUCCAAUCUACCAGAAUACAGACAGGCAGAAUACAUUUUAUCUUGUUGGAAAGAAGGCAAGUGAAAAGGUCAGAGAUGAAGUAGUAAAGUCACGGUAUAUAGUGGAAAGGACUAGAUGUGAAAUGGACAUUGACAAGUGAUGAUACCCCAGAAGCAAGACAAGCAGGAGGUCAGAGAGGUGCCCCGAACGAACAAAGCAACAAUUUUCUACUACAACUUUCAUACCAGUAGACUCUGUUGUAGGAGAAAAGGCUUUGGUGCACUUUAUGUGGAAGAAGGUGGGGAAGGGCUGGUGUUGCCCUGUCCACGAUGCUGAGCGUGUCUGUGGACAAGAGCAUAACGCCCGCUGUUGCUCCUGACACAAUGAAGUGAUUUCUUUUUCCCGAAGGACCCAUGGUUUAUGUUCUUCCGAUUCCUUCUCUCUCUAAGCGCUCUGAGAGAGACGGGGGUAGAUGUUUAUGUUGCUACUAAACUGAAGGGAGCACUAUUUCUAUUUCUCUUUUGUGAGCAGUAAGAGUUGUACAUUCUUUCUAAGAAAAACAAAAAACAAGGGACCUAACGAAACUGAGCAGUGUUACUGUAUUUUUUAAAAAUAUUUUUAUAGACUCAUUUUCAGGUUAUUAAGUAUAAAAGAAACAGAUACCCUCUUUUUUAAAGUAGUUAAAACAUCGAUGAUUUGUAUUAUCAAUUUUUAGAAGUAAUUUCCUAGUAAGCUUGUGGCAUUAGAAACUACUAGAAGAAUUUUUCUUUAGUGAAAUUAGUUGGAACAUUUAUUAAUGAACAUAACAAAUAUUUUUCCAGAAUUAAAUAUGAACCGUGACUACGUGUUUACUUAAUAGACAAAGCCAGAUGUAAUUUUUUGUUUUGUUUUUAAGGCCAUAAAAUAUGGCCUUUGUUAAAGAACACUAAAGCUAGAAAUCUAAACGUAAGAACAACUUUUUAAAGGGUAUUUCCUAUUAUUGUAAGUGUUAAAAUCCCUGCAGAAUUCAUGACAAGGUGCUAUUUAUAUUUCUUAUUAUAAAAGAAUGCCAGGAUGUCUAGUCUUUUUAGUCCUAAAUCAGCAAAUUUCAACAUUUCAUCCAAUACCUGUGCCACAGAAAAGGCAUAUUAACAAUUGAAAUGGAAAAAUAAUUUCAGAGAUCUUUCUUCCCAGGUAUUUUUUUUUUUUCCUGAUAAAACACGUUUUCUUGAGGUAAAUACAUUGUCAAAACCUAUUUGCAAUUCUGCUAAAUCUAACUAAUUGCUAGCGUUUCCCCAUAGUAUUCAGGAUGUGAAAGGCCAUUUCUUUCACUGAUUGCCACAUCAGGGAGGCAGGUUAAACGGAGUGGGACAUUCAGUGUGUGGGGUGUGUGCUGUUGACCCCAGCGUGGUAGAAAAGCUCUCUGUAGAAGGUGAGAGAAGUGUUGCUGAUUAUAAGUUGUGUUCUCAUGACAUCGUUAGACAGUAACUUCUGAAAGUACAACUUUUCUGAAGAAAAAAAAAUAAGCUGUUAAAAAAGGAAAUUGUGGAUUAAUUUCACUGGGAAAAUAGGCGAUUGACAGAGACCGUUUCCCUAAAACACUACAUCAUUUAUGUGCUAGUACUUUUAAUUUCUUUUUUUUUAAGAAAAUUUACUUCUACAUUUUGUAAUACGACAUAUGUGUGUUUAUUUUUAAUUUAGAAUGUGGUGCGUACAGAAGGUAUGCAGCCAAAUCAAUCAUAUCAAACCAUUUUACCUGGAGUUUGGUACUGGUUUUUACUUCUCUGAUUCUGUAUAAGAAAAAUAAAUACAACUCAAUUUCCACUUGGA